GGGAGCCUAUCGUCUGAGCGAAUGUAAGCGCAUUCUCAAUAACUACUACCGGGGUUAUUAUGAACCCGCCAUGUUUACUGCUAUGUUGUCCGCCGAUGAUGUACCGGAUAGUUUGUGACACAACUACACAAUACCUUGUCGCUGGGAGUCGCUGUCAAUUUGACUGCCUCACAGUAGUCAAUGCAGAAGUGAAGCGCAGUACACAUAGCAACCAACCACCACAGCCACAAGUCGUAUACAUUCCGCUAAUACAGUCUAGUUCGGACAGUCCACGAAUAUGGUGCAGCAACUUCCUCCCCAGGGAGGUUCACGAAAAAUCUCCUUCAACGUUUCCGACCAAUAUGAAAUUCAAGAUGUCAUUGGUGAAGGUGCCUACGGUGUGGUUUGCUCUGCCAUCCACAAACCAUCUGGUCAAAAAGUUGCCAUCAAGAAGAUUACCCCUUUCGACCACUCGAUGUUCUGCUUGCGGACUUUGCGUGAGAUGAAGCUGCUUCGCUAUUUUAACCAUGAGAACAUCAUCUCUAUCCUAGAUAUCCAAAGACCACGCAACUAUGAGAGCUUCAACGAAGUUUAUCUAAUCCAGGAGCUGAUGGAGACUGACAUGCACCGGGUCAUUCGUACCCAAGAUCUUUCGGACGAUCACUGUCAAUAUUUCAUUUACCAGACCCUACGUGCCCUCAAAGCUAUGCACUCAGCAAAUGUUCUUCAUCGUGAUCUGAAACCUUCGAACCUGCUCCUCAACGCAAAUUGCGAUUUGAAAGUUUGCGAUUUUGGCUUGGCCCGUUCAGCUGCCUCCACAGAUGAUAAUUCAGGGUUCAUGACAGAAUAUGUGGCGACCAGAUGGUACCGUGCGCCGGAGAUCAUGUUGACAUUCAAGGAAUACACCAAAGCCAUUGAUGUGUGGAGUGUUGGUUGUAUCCUCGCCGAGAUGCUGAGCGGAAAACCCCUAUUCCCCGGAAAGGAUUAUCAUCACCAAUUGACUCUUAUUUUGGAUGUUCUUGGUACACCGACAAUGGAGGACUACUAUGGAAUCAAAUCCCGACGGGCUCGGGAAUACAUCCGGUCUCUCCCUUUCAAAAAGAAGAUCCCCUUUAAGGCGCUAUUCCCGAAGGCUAACGAUUUGGCCCUGGACCUCCUGGAGAGGCUCCUGGCAUUCAACCCCGCUAAGCGUAUUACUGUGGAGGAAGCUUUGCGUCAUCCGUACCUGGAACCGUAUCAUGACCCCGACGAUGAGCCCACGGCACCUCCCAUUCCAGAAGGGUUCUUUGACUUCGACAAGAAUAAGGAUGCCCUUAGCAAGGAGCAGUUGAAGAUGCUAAUCUAUGAGGAAAUCAUGCGGUGAGCUUGCGUUGGACAGCUUAUCCAUCGGGAAAGACGGAAUACAGGUCGGGAUAAAUAGGAUGGGAUGACCGAACCCAUGCACUUAAUAUCUAGUUGCAUAGACGACAAGCCAGGGUAAUACACUCGCACAUCGACUAUGAUAUUGGCUGAGUCUCAUGAUUGGCCUUUUUGACACGUUUUUAGGCGUCUGGUGCUUUCACUUAUUUAACAGAUAAGCCGGUCUUACGCUCGUCAAUCUUGAGCUGGAAAUACAUUAUUGCCGAGGU